GGAGACAGUUCGUGAUCGUGCCCAGCCAUCAGCCCCAACUCAGCCAUUCGCAGCUCCACCAGCUCUACCAGCCCUUCAGCCGGCAAAGGAGAAGAAGAGGAAGGGGAAGGGUGCACAGACUGACCGGAGGACUCGACAGAGACAGCAGCCGAUUCCACCGUGCCCGACUUGUGGACUACUUCACAGGGGAGAGUGCCAUGUGGGACAGGACAUUUGCUACUAUUGCCACGAGUCGGGUCAUUUUGCGA